AUGCUCUUCGUGGACAAGCAUCGGCCUAAGUCGCUGGCAGAUCUCUCCUACCACGAAGACCUCUCCGAACGACUGCGCGGGCUGGCAGACAGUGAAGAUCUGCCCCACCUCCUCUUCUACGGACCCUCUGGCGCUGGCAAGAAGACCAGAAUCCACGCAUUGAUCAAGGAGCUCUUUGGACCUGGAGCUCACAAGCUCAAAAUCGACCAACGAGUCUUCUUGAAUCCCAGCAAGAGAAAGAUUGACGUCAACAUCAUCAGCUCGACUUAUCAUCAGGAGAUCACACCAUCAGACGCAGCAGGAUAUGAUCGACUGGUCAUCCAGGAUGUAUUGAAGGAAAUUGCACAGACACAACAGGUCGACGUCAGCGCAAAGCAUAGGUUCAAAGUCGUCGUCAUCAAUGAAGCCGACUCGCUUUCCCGCGAUGCUCAGUCUGCUCUGCGUAGGACGAUGGAGAAGUACAUGGGCAAUCUGCGGCUGAUACUCUGCGCCACCUCGACCAGCAAGAUCAUCGCUCCCAUCAGGAGUCGAUGUCUCCUGAUCCGCGUCGCUGCGCCAAAUGAGAAGCAGAUGACGAGCGUGCUCCAUCACGUAGCAAAGAAAGAGAAGUUCCAUCUGCCGGACAACGUAGCUGCUCAGAUCUAUGCCGACUCUGGGGGCAAUUUGAGAAAGGCAGUGCUGGUGCUGGAGGCGCUUAGGAUGCAGUCGCCUGACCUCUCCGGACCGAUCUCUAUUGCUCAACCCGACUGGGAGCUGUAUAUCCACAAGAUGUGCGACUCGCUUCUGUCCGAGCAAACGCCUCAGCGUCUCCUCGCCAUUCGGAACAACCUCUACGAGCUGCUUGUCCACGCAAUUCCACCUAAGACGAUCAUCAAGUCCAUGGUAGACUACCUGGUCACAAGGGUGGACGAAAGUCUACGAAUUGGCAUCGUGGAGAAGGCGGCCUUCUUUGAGGGCAGGACAAAGUCGUCCAACAAGGCCAUCUUCCACUUGGAGGCAUUUGCCGUUGCGGUGAUGACCAUGAUCAAGUCGCUCUACAUGGGCAUCGAAUGGGACGAGUGAUCGCAAGGGAUCAGGGUUCUCUGCAUCUGUUCCGCAAGCGCCAGCCGUGUACUUUUACCUGUCAAUACCAAUCGCACUCAACUCGUCUUCGUCGUG